UUUAAAUACCUCCCAGAACAACCGAGUGAGAGAGGAGAGGCCUCACUAUGGAUUUAAGAUCAGCAGCAAGAGGAUUUCUAGCUUUCCUUCUGUCAGUACCAGUGCUUCAGGGUAAUGGUGACUGGACAGUUACGUACUCAUCUACUAAUGUCUGCGCUUUAAGAGGAGCAAUGGUUGACAUCAACUGCACUUAUGAUUACCCUGACGACGUACAGUACCUCCCUGACACAGUCAGAAACCUGUGGUUUACUAAAGAAGACAACCAUCAGCCAGUUGAUUUGCUAAGUGAUUCAGACUAUACAGGUCGUGUGGAAAAUAGCUGUGGAAAGGUCAACUGUAGCGGGUCCAGAUGUCAUGGAACAUGUUCCCUGAAUAUCAGAGACCUGAGACAGAGUGACUCUGCUGUCUACAAGUUUAGGUUCACAACAAACCAACCAGGUGGCGGAAAUACUGGUGACCCUGGAGUGAUGUUAUCUCUAACAGACCUCCAGGUGAAGGUGUCCUUCCCUCACCCUACCGAUCCUACCUGGACAGAGCUGGAGUGUCACAGUAUGUGUGGUCUAGCUGGUGACCCUCGCUACAUCUGGUUCAGGAAUGGAAUGAAGGGAAGACGGGGAGGGAAGUACAGGGCCUUCAUUCAGUCUGGAGACAGCUAUUCAUGUACUGUUGAAGGAUACGAAAAUAUCCGCUCUCCUUUAGUUUACGCUCCAAAGACCCCCUCAGUGACCGUGAGUCCCUCUGGUGAAAUAGAGGAGGGCAGCUCAGUGACUCUGAGCUGCAGCAGUGAUGCCAACCCAGCAGCUAACUACACCUGGUUCAAGGUUGAUACAGAUCGUUCCUCCAGAAAGAUCAACCAGGGACCACAGCUUGUUUUUAAACAGAUCCUGACGUCAGACUCUGGACAAUACUACUGUCUAGUUCAGACUGAGCUAAGGCAAGCAUCUAUCUGGAUCACUAUUCACAUGAAAUAUGGGCCUAAACACACUUCUGUUUGUUCAAAUCCUUCUGGUGAAGUAGAGGAGGGCAGUUCAGUGACUCUGAGCUGCAGCAGUGAUGCCGUCCCUGCAGCUAACUACACCUGGUUCAGGGAACAUGAAGACUCAGUGAAGGAAUCAGGACAGAACUACACCAUCACUCAUAUCACAUCUGAGCAUGAAGGAAACUAUUACUGCCAAGCACAUAAUGCAAUCGGACAUCAUAACUCCACCUUUUUAUUCAUUCAAAUGAUAUCAUCAUCAUCACAUCCAGCAAUGGUAGCUGUAACAACCAUUGCUGUCCUACUGGCCACCAUACUCCUCCUUGUCUUCCUCUGGAUGAGAAGAAAGAAGGCCUCAAGUAAAGAAAUUGGACAGGGAGGAAGGCCAGAUGCCGUGUUGGAGCUACUUCCGGUUCCUGUGUAUGACAACGUCUCAGCUCUGACCAAUCGCUUAGACACUGUAGCACAGAGAGAACCAAUAGAAGAGCUGGAUGACCAUCACGAUGCCAGCAUCGACACCUCUGUGUCCGAGGAGCAGGAAGUGCCUGGCUCCGGUGGCCAAUCAGUCAAGACUGCUGUCUUUUACUCUCUGGUCAACGCUGUCCCUGGAGAAAGUGACCAGGCAGAAACCCCAGAGUUCUACAGCACCAUCAAAUAAUACCUCAGAUAUUGAACCAGUUGUUGCAGCAAUAUUUAAAUAGUGGAACUAGGUAGAGAGUCUCAUCCAUUUAGUUUAACAGCACAAUACGCUGGCUGCAUCCUAUGGCGCUUAAUUACCUGGACGGAAUACUUGCCACCACUGCUCAUGAAUGAUCUGAUUGAUUGGACUUAUUUGACUUGAUUGUGUAUGGUCCACCAACCCAGUCGCCAAAAGCAUACGUUGACCGUGUACGUCUUCGUGAACACUGGAUUACGUCGCAUUUCAAAGUAAAAUAGCGUGUUAUACCUACAGUAUCCGCUCUUGGCGCUGUGGAGGCGCCUGAAGAAAGCACAACCAACAAGGACAUUUCCUGGUUAUAAAAUGCAUCAAUUCCUUGUUAUAAAAUACAUAAAUUAUAAUUAUUUGGAGACUUCCCAUCGCUGUCAGUACGGCGAAGGUGACGGUGAUGCAGGGUUGCAAGCUUCACGGUUUUCUCGCUAAAUUGGGCUGUUUUGAAAACAGAGUCACGGGUGUAAACCUCAAAGACGCGGGUCACGGUUUUCUUUGGUACUUUCAUAUCCCACCACAGAAACAGUUGGGGUGUAUUAUGUAUUCUAUAAUCUUUAUGAAAACUCAGUCAGAACUAUUAAACACCAGAGGAUGGGCGGGGUGGGGCAGUGGACACACACAAACACAAUGCAUUUCGCUGCUACAACAACAAAAAAAUAGAAAAAAAAUAUUAUUCAAAAUAUCAAAUAUUAUUACUUUCAAUACAUCAAUCCAAAAUUAAACAUCUUUUAAUUUGGGCUGCUUCUAGGACAUUUUGGGUGGAUUUUGAACAGUAUGUGGGCAGGACGUUGUUUGCAGGACCUGGCAACCCUGCGCUGUUGUCCGAGGUGCUGAAAUUCUCCUGAACAGAUCUGAAUCCAUGGCCAAAAAUACUUAUAUUAUAGAUUAAACUUAACUUUUCAAUAAAUACUAUGGCAGAAUAAAGACUACAUUUAUGCAUUAUCAUUCAACUUGAACAUGUGUUUUUACAGUAUAUAGAGUUGUGGAGGGAUGACGUAUGUUGGCCAACCCAGAAGUGAGCGUUGCCCUGGGAACCCGGAAGUUAGCAUCUUCCUGAGAACCCGGAAGAGAGCCGCGCCCUGGGUUCCCUUGACAACAAGCCAAUGGGUUUUUUCCAUUGGAUUUUGGAUUAUUGCAGAAAAUAAGCUUUGUGGCAAACACAAGUUUAUGAUACUCACACGUUUUAUUCAGCAAUAUAAUCUUUACCAAUGAACACUAAUUUUAUGAUUUUUGCAGCAAAAUGGGAUUCCUUUGGGAUUGCUUUUUGUAUCUCAUCUGGCAUAUUGUGAUGCAAUGAAAGUAUUUCACUUUAAACAUGAUACGGCAAAUACUUUUGAAACAAUUUUAUUUACAAAUAUUACAUUUACAUGCACAGAAUAACAAGCCAGACCGUCUCCCUUUUCCGCAGUAGGGCUGAGCUCUCUGAGUGGCGACCGAUGUGCGUUGCGACGUAGGUCGCAUUGGUCGCGACGUAGGUCGCAUUGGUCGCUGUGUUGGUCGCUCGUCUGGCUGCUUUCAGUCGCUGUGGUCACUGGCUGGCUUGGUCGCUCAAAGUCUAUGGGCGGUCGUUAAUCAGUUAAUUUGCAUGUUAUUAAUGGGUUUUUGCGACAGUUGAACCUACCAGAAAGUCAUGCUCUCUGGCGAAAGCUGCCUAGAGCUCUUUAUUGCUAAUAUUAUUUUAAUAUUUUUUUAUUGAAGUAAAUGAUGAAAUCGUUGCUCUCAGUAUCCAUAAAAUAUAUUAGUUGUAAUUUGGGGCGUAUUCAAAUCAUGUAUUUUAUAUAUUAUA